AUGCUCAAGUUUCGUUCUCUAUUGCUCAAAUCAAAAUCAAAACCAAAACAACGCAACGCGCUCGCUAUUGUUCGUAAACUCAUUUCAUCUCAACCUCUCAACACAUUCCAUUCCAGAAACGCUUUCUCGUUUUCGAAACCACAUGCAUUCGCACGUGCAAACUCUAGGGUUCCGAUCUCGCGUAACUUCUGCACCGCACCGGAAAGAGACACGCUCGAUUACGACGUCGUCAUCGUCGGAGCAGGUCCCGCCGGUUUAUCGGCGGCGAUACGGUUGAAGCAACUCUGCCGAGAAAACGACACCGAUUUAUCUGUUUGCGUUCUCGAGAAAGGCGCUGAAGUCGGUGCUCAUAUUAUUUCUGGAAACGUUUUUGAACCUCGCGCAUUGAAUGAACUUCUUCCGAAGUGGAAGCAGCAAGAUGCUCCGAUUUCUACACCUGUUACUUCUGAUAAGUUUUGGUAUCUGACAAAGAAUCGUGCAAUUUCACUUCCGAGUCCUUUUGACAAUGAAGGGAACUAUGUAAUAAGUCUAAGUCAGUUAGUACGAUGGCUGGGAGAAAAAGCUGAAGAGUUAGGUGUGGAGAUAUACCCAGGAUUUGCUGCUAGUGAGAUAUUGUAUGAUGCUAAUGACAAAGUUAUUGGUAUUGGAACUAAUGAUAUGGGGAUUUCAAAAGAUGGUUCGAAGAAGGAGAAUUUCCAAAGCGGUGUUGACAUUAAAGGUCGCAUAACACUUCUGGCUGAGGGAUGUCGGGGAUCAUUAUCCGAGAAAAUAAUCAAACAGUACAACCUGAGAGAGAAGGGAGGUGCGGAACAUCAGACAUAUGCUUUGGGAAUUAAAGAGGUUUGGCAAAUUGACGAGGAAAAGCAUCAACCCGGGGCAGUAAUUCAUACGUUGGGAUGGCCUUUGGAUAAUAAAACAUAUGGAGGAUCUUUUCUGUAUCACAUGAAAGAUAGACAGAUUUCUUUAGGCCUUGUGGUCGCUUUGAACUACCAAAAUCCUUUCAUGAGUCCUUAUGAGGAAUUCCAGAAACUUAAGCAUCAUCCUGCAAUCAAACCAUUUCUGGAAGGCGGAACAGUUAUCCAGUAUGGAGCUCGCACUUUAAAUGAAGGAGGUUUUCAGUCUAUCCCAUAUCCAGCUUUUCCUGGUGGAGCAAUUAUUGGGUGUUCUUCUGGAUUCUUGAACGUGCCUAAGAUAAAGGGAACUCACACUGCAAUGAAAUCAGGAAUGCUUGCAGCUGAAUCUGCAUUUGGCGUGUUUAAUAAAGGUCUAGAUAUGAAUACAUAUUGGGAUGCUUUGAGGAAUUCGUGGAUUUGGGAAGAACUAUAUAAAGCUCGGAACUACCGACCUGCCUUCAAGUAUGGGCUUGUUCCAGGACUGGCAUUUAGUGGUCUGGAACAUUACAUAUUCAAGGGGAGGCUCCCGGUUACUUUGAAGCAUGGUAAACCUGAUCAUGAAGCAACAGAUGCUGCAAAGUUGCAUUCUCCAAUUCACUAUCCAAAGGCUGAUGGUGUCUUGUCUUUCGAUGUACCUACCUCUCUGCACAGAAGCAACACAAAUCAUGAGCAUGAUCAACCUCCGCAUCUUCGAUUGAAGGACCCUAAGGUUCCUGAACUUACAAAUUUACCGGUGUAUGCUGCUCCUGAGUCACGAUAUUGUCCUGCACGAGUAUACGAGUAUGUUGCAGAUGAGAAAAAUCAACUGAAGUUGCAGAUUAAUGCUCAAAAUUGUUUGCAUUGCAAGCGAUUUGAUAUUCAGGCUUGUGAUAUCAAAGAUCCAAAACAAAACAUCAAGUGGACAGUGCCUGAAGGGGGUGGCGGCCCGGGAUACUCAGUAAUGUAG